CAUGAUUUGGGUAAACCCGUUCAUGGAAUCAGGAAGUAAUAAUUUGCAGCGGUUCCCCUGAUGAGAAACGUUCGUGUACUGGGGCAGUCGAAGCUUUUGUUUUGUAUCCGCAAAUAUAGGCUAUUAGAGUUACACACUGGAAAAUAUAAUAUUCGUGGACGGGAGCCUAUCUUUUGAUGUAAGUCUUUUUAGUGUGCCUUUUUAUUUUCUGAAAGUACCAGGAAGACUUGAAUUUGACACCUUGGCAUCGGUAGGGUAGGUAGAAUGGAUGUUCCUCCCCUGACAGAAGAUGAAAUGGCAGAUGUUAAAAAGGAGGUCCUAACGAGGCUGCGACCGUACCUCUGUGACAAGAUCCGGGUCGACCGCCAUUUUGACUACCUGCGCUCGCGCAAGAUCCUUACGCGGGACGACACAGAGGAGAUCAGCUGCAGGAGCACGCAGAGUAAACGGACGGGCAUGCUGCUGGACUACCUGGCUGAGAACCCUCGGGGGCUGGACGCCCUGGUCGAGUCCAUCCAGCAAGGACGUACCCUCAACUUCAUCAUCACCAAGAUCACUGAUGAGGUGCAGAAAGUGAAGAACGAGAGGAUAGAGGCUCUCAGAGCAGGGGCAUCCAGUUCCUCCUCGGGCUUCCUGCCAACCCAGGACACAUCCAGGGCUGCUAAAGACCUGUCCAGGACGCUGUCAUAUGAGACCAACCUGGCAUCCACCAUGCCGUACAACGGAGAUGGGAGCCCAUCCACCUCUGACGCACUAAGAUCCCUCAACCUGCCCACUGCCUCCAGCCAAGCGAAGGAGGUGUCAUCAUCCAUGGGAGGGGAUAGCAUGGUUGUGUCUUCAUCCCAGGCCUCGUCCAAACUGCCCAGGCCUGGAGACCCAGGGGCUCCCCACCUGCCGCAGGAGGCCUUAUCUAACAUGGAUGCUGGACCACACGGGAGCACAGCGAUCAGCGGAGGGGACGCCAACUUCCAGCCCCUGAGGUCACGCUCCAUCACCCCCACUUCCACAUCAUACAGGGACCUCUCGCCUCGGCCCACACCGAAAUCUUACUGAGGACCGCCCCUUGCCCUGGAAUGUCUCCCACAUCAUUACUCAUCACAAACAUUCACACUUCAAUUUUAUUGUUUGUAUGUUUGUACCAGUUUAUGUGUUUUCUCAAGGGUUUUAGUUCAGUGAUACAUCAAUCAAAUAGCAACUCGUAAAGUGUAUUACAUGCCUUACAUUAUACUCUGGGUUAUUAGAAAGCUGGACAAGCUUAUUCCGAAUUCAAUGAAGAAACCAUACAAGUAACUAUUUACUAAUCAUGUCUCAAUCAUAAGCUGUACCUUCAUGAAUUUGACUCUGCUCCUAUCAAGUCAUCUUUCAUAAGAUGCCCCUUACCCACAGAGAGACGGAUUGAGAUAUAGGUACAGUUUAUUCUGAACUUGGACUAAAGUUGUAGGUCAUCAUUCUCCAUCAACACUACUGCUCAUCUCCUUUCCUAUGAAUUAUGGGUGUGUGAGUUCUUCAUGAGAGACUGGCAUCAACAUGCCACACCAUGAAUUAUGGGGGUAUGAGUUCUUCAUGAGAGACUGGCAUCAACAUGCCACACCAUGGCAGCUACAGUAGAGCUGUUUCUUUGUAAGGAGCCCAGAGCAUCAGAAGACAACUUCUCUGUAUUGACACAUAACACUGGAAUUAAUGGUUCAGCAUAUGCUUUAAGGCACACAAACUGUAGUCACAAACUGUGGUAGACCUACGCUGAAAUGGUUAAUGUUUUUACUCUAUAGACUAGAGUAUUGUUAUACUAUAGAUACAUUUUCUUAUUGUGAAAGGGCAUGAAUGUGUAAUGUGGUACAACGGUGUUACUUAUCAGAAAGUGAACUUUAAUACCUGCUAUUUUGAUAAUUGAUGUCCCAGUACUUUUUAUAUUUGAGGUCUUGAAAAUGUAGGCCUUCUAUAAAUAAAUCAAAGGAAUAUGAGACACAG